GCAGACGACACUCCCAGGCGUCCUGGAUAUAGCGGGGAGCCGAUUAUCAUUGGCACACUAACAGGAACACCUUAACGAGCAAGAAACCUUGUUAAGAUGGCAGACAAGAAGGAUUUGUUGGCCGAAGCCAAGAGUUUCUGCGACGGGCUCUCAAACGUUUUCAUGCUGAAGAAACGCGAUGCUCAGACGCGCCACCUGUUGGAAAAAGCAAAAUCGCUGGUGGAAGCUCUAGCAGCAGAACACCAGAAACAAUCUGGCACCAAAUCAACACCUCCAAGACAGGCGCGAGGGUCAGGGGGCAUGGGCCAGCUCUGGACAAAGUUGGAGGAACUGAAGCGUGAAAACGAGCUCUUAAAAAGGAAAGGUAAGGCACAGGACGACAGGGGGACUUCCGGUACGAAGACACAAGGUCCUGGUGAAGUUAUUAUUUCUGAGCUUCAUAAGGCCAAACAGGAAAACGAGGUUCUCCGGAACCGGAAUGAGAAACUGGAGGUGUCAAACCGCGAGAUGGAGGCGGUGGCUGUUAGUGUUCAGGACGAGUAUAAAAGGUCAAAAGUUGCCUUGGAGACAACACAGAAAUCCAUGGAGACCGUUCUGAAAGAAUACCGCCACAUGGAAGACAGUCUUAAAUCAGCCAAGACCGAAAACGAUACUUUAAAACAAAGGGUGACCCAGAGCGUGAAACCAUUGCCAACCAGCCCCAAACCAUUGCCUCCGAAACCCGUGGCAAAACCAGUACCAAAAGCUCGUAGCAUGAGCCAUGGACAUGUGGAGCCCCUGGACCGAUGUCGAUCCGGGAACCGGGUCCAGACAGAAACACUGAGCGAGCGCUGUCGUCCUAGCAACGUGGCUAUGUUGUACACCAGCCUUGAGAGUCAGGAGUGGGUCGACGCGAAGGAGGCGCUAGAGGACGACUAUGACUUUGAAGAGGAAAAUAUUAUCCAGUUCCUGUGUACCAUCCUCAUGGAAGCUUUUAAAACCUGCAAAGAAGUGCACGAGACCUUGAAGGCUACAAUAGCGGAACUACUCAAGAAGCCCACCCUUGCUGUGAGCUUAGAUUUUGGAGGUGAGAUUAACUACCGAUACAAACUUCCGGAUUGUCUGACGGACGGCGUUGGACAGCAGCUUAGACAGCACUAUGACGAGAUUGAGAGUGAAACCAUCGUCAAUAUAAUGUCAAAGAAACUUGCCAAAGACUACAGAUCAUUUGCGGAGAACAACUGUCUACAGCACAAAUCAAUUUACAAAUAUAUGCACGCAUGCGCGACGGUCACGUGGCAGAUGGUGGUACAGCAGCCCCAGAUGUAUCUUACAGUAGACGACAAAAAGUUCGAUGACGACAAACACAAACUGUGGUGGUCAUGUGAUCAAAAGAGCGCGAAUAAUGUGGACUUUUUCAUAUGGCCAGCUUUAUACGACUAUAAAAAUGGCAUCUUACUAGUGAAAGGGUGUGUAUACGCCAGCUGAUGACGAACUACACAUGGUCAUACCGAAUAAUGACGUUGCAUACCAAUGUGUACCCUAAAUGAUGACGUACAACACAAAACGUGAGCAUAUAAUCAAGUGGCACGGGUUUGUGUAGCAGCGGUUGUGAUUUUGUACAUCAUCAGUUUUAUAACAGAAAUAUUUUAUUAGGCAUCGUACCAAAUCGAGUCUGGAGCCAAAGCAUUACUAUCACCAGUAUUCGUACUAAUAUAUCUCCGUUGUGCAAUCAAACGUCAGACUAUUUGUGCAAAAUAUAUCUUUAUGGCGAGACAUAUGUGUAUAUCGGCAGAAUUACUUUGCACCUGGUAUGAAGUACAACUUUAGAUAACUUUUUAUAACUGGUCACCAAUUCACUCCCAACAGUGUCAUUAAAUGCAACAAAUAUAACAUGAUAGAACUCCACUGGCAGUUAAAGGGUCUCAUCGCUACCCCUUUUCGUUGCUGUUUGUAGCACGAUACAACUCAUACAUCAUCAAAAACUCGCUUCUAAACAAUAAACGUCAUUCCAAAAAUUGUUCAACCCAAAAUAAUCAAUAUUUCAUAAAAACUCCAAGCAACCAAAAACUACCACUAUGACUUUAAGACAUCUCCUAUCACUCCUACGCAGCAUAUACCAUUUCGAAACAAAUCAUAUCGUCCAGCAACUCCUAUAACGCCAAAACAACUCCCAUCACUCCAAAACAACUCCUACCACUCCUAAACAACUUCUAUGCCUCACUUUUGGCCAUUAGUUGAACGUUCGCCCCUGUGAGGAAGGCUUUUGGUUAUGUCUCCUGGCCGAUACAUACCAGAGUCUGUAAAAAUGAUAUAGUUUCUACUCCUGCUUAACGCUCGGCAAUUAAUGAGUGGGAC